CCAGAACGAGGAAUUAGACAGGGGGGUCCACCCUACACUCAUUUUGCUUUCCUCUUCCUUUCAAUUGAGCCAAUCUUUCGCUUUUCUCCUAAUAUUAUUAAUCUUAUCAUGAGUUGUGUAACGAACGUUAAGAUGGCUCUUUUGGGAGGCCCCUAAUUUUUUCUCCCCAUCUCGUGGCCUCGUGUUGAUAAAGCCCUUAUUUAUUUGUUCUAUGUAUGGAAAGGUUAUCGAUGCUGAUUGAGCAGAAAGUGCAGAGUGGAGUUUGGAAAGGUGUCAAGGCUUCCAGGGGUGGCCCAUUCAUAUCACAUCUGAAAAACGCGGAUGAUCUGCUGCUCCUGGGCAAAGCCACGGAAACUCAGCUAGAGGUCAUGAUGGACAGUCUGCAACUGUUUUGUGAUGCCUCGGGACAGAAGGUAAACAAAGCCAAGUCACCUAUCUUUCUAUCCCCUAAUGUUCCCACAGCUAGGGCCAGGCAACUAAGCAGCACCUGCCAGAUACCUCUUGCAACUGAUAUGGGGAAGUACCUGGGUAUCAAGCUGGUGCAAGGAAGAGUCACGAGAAGCUCUUUUGCAGAUAUUGUGGAGAAAGUCAACAAAAAGUUUACUGGCUGGAAAGCAAAGUCUCUCUGCAGAGCGACCCUUGUGCAGUCUCUUACGUCAGCCAUUCCCCAAUACAAGAUGCAAACAAUGGCAUUACCUGCAGCAGUGUGUUCCGAGGUGGAUAAAAUGAACAGGAAGUUCCUUUGGGGGGAUAGAGCUGAGCAAAAAAAGGGUCUACCUUGUUAAAUGGCAAGAAGUUUGUCGAAGCGGUCUGAAGAACGUUCAA